UGUGCAGAAGUCAGUUCGAGAGCGCACCGCCAUCCGACAACAUGAGAUCAUCUGUUCAGUUCGCCAUUGUGGCUGCCUUGCUUGGCUUGGCCUACGCCACAGAAACCUCCGAGGAUGCUGUCAGGGCAAAGCGAGGUUUCUUCGGUGGCGGUGGUGGUGGCUAUGGCGGUGGUGGCGGAUACGGCGGUGGUGGUGGAUACGGUGGUGGAGGUUCUGGAGGUGGUGGUGGAUACCUCAUCAUUGGUGCCGGCGGUGGUGGUGGCGGUCACGGCCCCAGCGGCGCUGCCAUAGCCAACCAAGCCGCCGCUCAGGCCACCGCAGCAGCUGCCGGUUUGAAAGGAGCUGCUCAUGCAGCUGCUUCAGCUGCAGCUGCACAUUCAGCUGCAAUUGCCUCUGCUGCAUCCCAAACCGCGCAGGCAGCGGCUGCGCAAAAGCAGGCCCAGGUUGCACAGAUCACACAGGCUUCUCAAGGAGCACAGGCGGCAGCCUUCGCCGAGUCUUCACUGGCCGGGCAGACAAGCAACGCUGCCACUGCCGCAGAAAACACUUUCAACGGCGCGCAGAACCUCGUCGAUCAGCUCUCUCAAGCCCUUGGUGAGGCCCAAGGUGUGGCAGCAGCCGCUUGGCAAGAACUGCAGGCCAUCCAGGCUGUGCAAGCAGCUCAACGGACGAUGGCAUGGCAAGCCCAGCAGGCAGCCAACGCACUGAACCAGCAGCAGACGGUGGCGCUCAACGACCUGCAGUCCGCCCAGGCUGCGGCCGCGCAAGCCCAGGCUGCCGCCAGCAAGGCCCUGUCAAAGGCCAAGGGAUCUGGCACAUACGGCGGUGGCGGAGGCCACGGCGGUUACGGUCGCUAACUCGAACGUGUUUCGGUCACGCAGAAAAAUAGGCUGGAUUGAGCACGUGAAAAAGAUGGAUUAUUUUGAAAGUUUGUCAAUCCGAUAAAAAUUGAUUGAAACGCCUCACUUCUGUGUGACCAUUACUUCAUACGAAUCAACGACACGAUCAUCGAACGGUCCGAUAAUAACUUAGACUUAGCAUGUUUGAUUAAUUUUAAGGGAGUUAGAACAACGGGCGUCAGGUCGUGUAUCUGAGUCUCAAGUUCAGACGGUUGACUUGAAUAUGUUUUAAUACUAGGAGGCUAAGUUUGUUCUGUAACGCUCUGUAUGCACAUUAAUGCAAGUAAUGGAAUUAACAACCUAUGUCAAGAUAAUAGGUUUAUGGCAUGCACUAAACUGUACUUCUGUGCUUUUGGUCUUUGGUUGAUUUUAUAGCAUGUACUUUAUAAUGAUCACCAAUUCUCAAAGGUUAAAAUACACAAAAGCUCAGUCUCCGGAGUGAUGAAGCAAAUCUUGGACAUUCCUUGAAUUUGCGAGUGCUAGGCAAGCAUAUCAAUAAAUUGCUGCAAUA